GCCGAGCUCGACCACCUAGAACUCAUUCCGAGAGAUCCACCUAUGACGAAGAACAAAGAUCACGCAUCAAAUAUGGCCGAGUUUUCAACCAGUUUCAAAAGUGCUUAAUUCAACCUUGAUUUGGGAAAAAUAUCUAUUUUUGUUUUUAUGUGAUUGAACAAGUGCAAGUGGUGCUAUUACUCUCGUUUUCCACAAAGUUGGCUCAAGAUUUCGCCAGCGAGACCCUAAAAGACCGAGUGAGUCGUUAUGUGACACGUUUCGGCUCGUAAUAUCCAUCUCAUCGUGGAAAAAAGGGCACACUCACCCAUGGGAUGCGUUUGGAGCAAAUCUCAUAGAAUCUGUGACCUCGAGGAGGACGAUGUGGUCCAGACCGGCGAAAGUGGGUCUAACGGAGUAGACCACACACUUGGGAAGAGGUCCAAGAAGAAGCAGAGCAACAACAACAAGUCCAAUGUGAGCAAGUUCAAGAGCUUCAAUCGGAACUUUCGCCAUCGAGCGGUGAAAACGAAAAAAUCCAAUUCCAUCUCGUCCAAUGGUGUUCGUCACAAUGACGACAAUGAAAAUCCCAAGCCUGUGAUCCAAUUUCAGCCCAAACCAGAUUCUCAAACUCCAUGGCAACUCUCUCAGCAGCAAACAUGUCCGUUUCCACAAAAUCCAGCCCUGGAUCCUCCAGUACCAACCUCGGAUGAACUCCAAUGCCCGUCCUCACCCAGAACGAUCUUUUCAAGCACAGCCAUUCAGUUGAAGAUCGAAGAAUUUGUCAAUCCAAUCCCGUCCAUUGACUCCAAGCUCUCUCUUGGCACCAUAUCCGAAACUUGGAAGAACAGAGCCGAGUGGAUGAAGUUCAAGGCCUAUCUAGAUGGUCUGGAUGAAGGCCAGGAUAGCAUGGACCGUCCCAUGUCUUUGGGGAGAUAUGGUCUGUUUCUCGAGCUCCUGGUCGAGCUGGACCAAGCAGAUCGGGUCCACCAAAGAAGCAAUGAAGACAUGCGAUCGCUCGUCAUGCGAAUCCGCUAUCAUCCGGAGGAUUUCUUCGGAAUGGAGCGUUGCCUUUCGGGUAUCGAAAUGGGCAUGAGACACAAAGUUUUGGCCAAUUGCAAGGAGGUCGAGCAAUCAGGAACGCUGCGGGGAGGAAUGUGGGUGUUCGAACCAGUGUACCAACGAGUCUUGGACGAGCUAGAUAUGUUCCUCGGGAACUACAACAAGACUCUUGUGAGACAAAGUAGUGGUUAGAAAACUCAUCAUGAAUCCAUUCAGUAUUCUAUUCACAGCACUGUUCACAAUUGAAUGGAUGAGCCCAUGUUCUAAUGUACCUUUUGAAUAAAUCAUCACGUAUCAAACGUCGUCUCAUCCCUGUUAGGUUUAUUUGAAUGGAAAAUACUGACACACACGUGCUCAACACUACUAUCAUCAUUUACAAUAAAUUACAUCUUAUCGGCUUGCGAA